AUGCGCACAUGCUUACAUGUGUACGUGCACGCGCGCGCGCGCGUGUGUGUGUGUGUGUGUGUCAGCUGCUUCACUUCGGCGCCGCAGGCGACCGUCGAGCAGUAUGAGAUUCAUUGGGCCCAGCUGUCUGGAUCUACGGCCACACCGGUUUCAUUGGUGGAGACAAUUACGACGGCUUCCGACAAUGAGACCCUUCUGUUUGAGAUGAUCGACUCCUAUGGUGAUGGUUGGAACGGCGCGUACUACUACAUUCGGACGUCAACCGGAGAGUCUGUGGCAGAGGGCACCUUUUUUAGCGGCUAUGGUGCGACACACACCAUUGGCGUCUCAGCAGGAGCAACGUUGACACUUACUGUGUCACAAGGUAGCUGGCCAUCAGAGAUCUCAUGGGUGCUCAAGACCGCCAGCGGCGAGGAGAUCCUGACCUCGGGGGCGGAGACAUUUCCUGAGAACCGGCAGUUUCGUGUGCCAGGCACGGGUAUCUCCAACUCUGAGAACGUCCACAUCGACGGAGAGAUGGUUCAAGUGACCCUGCCAGCGGGCACAUCUGCUCCUUCGGGUGCCGACCAGAUCCUGGCACUGUCCAGGCUCGCAUCGGGGAGCACGUCCAUUGCUGUAUGGGUUGCACUGAAUGAUUUCGCACCCCCGUCUGCGUCGCCAACUUCCAUUCAGUUCCAAGACACGGAUUCCGGUAUCAGACAGAUCGCCGGCGUGAUUACCCUUGGAAGGGCUUCAGACGAGUCUGCCAUCUCGGGCUACAAGGUAUACUUUGGCAGCAGUGCGACGCAGAAGCUUCCGCCAGCAGUCCUACCUGGACUUGCGUACAAGCUCUUUGUAUUCCCACAGGGCAGCUCGUUGCCUUCCCUGGACGGCCGUGCGCCGACUUCGGAGGGUGUCCAUGCCUCGCUGGAUUUCGUGAGGCAAGACUUUGGGUCGCCGGAAGCUUUCAACACGGGCUUCGCUAUACGAUGGACGGGCUUCCUCCACAUCGCGACUGCCGGGACCUACUACUUCCAGACUUUUUCGGAUGGCUGCAAGGUCUACUUGCAUGGAGACGUGCUGAUCGAUGAUGAUGUCUUCAAGACCAACGCGUCGUGGAGCCAGGGAACCAGCGUGUUCCUUGAGCAAGGAGCACACUCGCUCCAGGUCGACUACUUCUUCGCACAGGCCGCAGCGGCCCCGGAGGGCACGAUGGUGCUGAGUUACUGGGGGACCGACUCAAGCGAUAUGUGGAUGCCGGUGCCGGCAGACAAGCUCUCUCAUGGAGUGAACGAGACCGACUGGAUUGCUUACGUGAGUGUAUCUGCACAAGGCGAUCCCUUGACAGUGGACUUGGCGAGCACCCCGGUGCGCGAGAACGCCACCCACCUUCUGGCCUUCGGCGCCUCGAGCACCGGAGAUAGCGUGCAGUUUAUUGCGACCCCCUUCAGUGAUUUGGUCUUGCCGACUGCUGUGGCCUCGAAUGUCACCUUCGCAGACUCUGAUCCUGCCAUUGGCCAGUAUGCUGGUCCUGUGACCUUCUUGCGUGGAGAAGACGAAGACUCCAUUACACAUUACCUGCUCUUUUGGGGCAGCAGCACCUUAGCUGCCUUGGCUGUUGAGCUGCUUCUGUCGCUUCUGUGUUCUUUCGCUGUGCUCCUGUGCGCAGUGUCGUACGAGAGGUCCAACAUCGCCCUCCAUGGACCUGGGUGUCCUCGCCAGCGUCUCCGUGGCACCGUCCUUUACGUGCGUGCCGAUCGGUGGGUACUAUUACGGUAUAACAACCUUGGGUUCGACAUGGACCUUCGUCUCGAAUGCGGAUGA